UUUGGCUUACUCUGAUGACGUCUCUUCUGUGCCGCCAUGUUGGUACUCCCGUAACCUGAGAUCGCGUCCAUCUUGGUGCUCACUGUAAUCAUGCCGGGGAUAACCGAGAAGGAGUCGGAGUUGUCAGAGCGUAUAGAGGCUUUUGUGGCUGAGUUGAAGCGAGGCGGAGGGCGACCAAGUUCCGAUGAAACGGCUAGAGAAACAGUGGGGCUGCUGCGGCGCAUAAUAGCGCAGGCUCGGUGGGGAAAUGCUGGAGAACUUAUGGAGAUUAUCCGUAGAGAAGGGAGACGCAUGACAGCAGCUCAACCAUCCGAAACCACAGUGGGGAACAUGGUACGUCGGGUGCUGAAACUGAUUCGUGAGGAGUAUGGCAGGCUGCACGGCUUCAGUGAGGAAAAUGACCAGCAGGAGUCUCUACAUAGGCUGGUUACAGUAGAAAAACUGAGCGAUGAUUUUAAUACACCACUUCCUCUGCUGAAAGCCAAUGUCAUUGAGGCAGUUAAUGAGCUGCUGAUAGAACUGGAGGGAACCACUGAUAAUAUUGCAAUUCAGGCCAAAGAGCACAUUCACUCAAAUGAAGUCAUCAUGACCAUUGGACGAUCGCGCACAGUGCAGCUGUUUUUGGAGGAAGCCGCUCGCAAACGCAAAUUCCAUGUUAUUGUGGCAGAGUGUGCACCCUUUUGUCAGGGACAUGAAAUGGCGGCCAGCUUGUCAAAAGCUGGGAUUGAAACCACUGUGAUUCCAGAUGCUGCUAUUUUUGCUGUCAUGUCAAGGGUGAAUAAGGUUAUAAUUGGUACCAAGACCAUUCUUGCCAAUGGCUCAUUGCGUGCAGUAUCUGGGACACAUACAUUGGCCUUAGCAGCGAAGCAUCACUCAACUCCUCUGAUAGUCUGUGCACCAAUGUUCAAGCUUUCCCCACAGUUCCCCAAUGAAGAAGAUUCCUUUCACAAGUUUGUAUCACCACAGGAAGUGCUGCCAUUUUCAGAAGGUGAGAUCCUCUCUCAGGUUAGUGCUUAUUGCCCGAUUUUCGACCACGUACCCCCAGAACUGAUCACAUUAUUCAUCUCAAACAUUGGAGGAAAUGCACCAUCAUACAUCUAUCGACUGAUGAGUGAGCUGUACCACCCAUCAGACCAUGAACUGUGAGGAGAACCUCUGCAAAGUGACUUUAUUCUGCUUCCAGUAGCAUUAGUAUAACAUAUCUCAGCACAGAGAAUCUCACCCCCAUGCUUUUGUCCUUUACUAAUGUUAAUAAAUGUUUCAGACUGGAA